GACGUCACUCCCAAACAAAGAUCAGCUGAUUUGCUCGGCGAGCUGCGACACAAAGUCUAACCUUAAGCAAACCAUACCCAACCAAAAUGUCGCCGGUUUUCGCCUUGGAGUUGGUUUUCUUCGCCUGUAUUCUACUCCACGUGAAAGCCGAGACAAAAUCUGACUUCCUAAGCGCCAGAGCCAACUUGUUGUCGCUGGAGCACGGGCUGAAGACGGGGGGAGACCUGACGUUGGACGAUGCGGAGGAGGCGGUGAACAAAGUCCUGAUGGCGCUGAAGGUUCGGGAACUGGACUCGGCGCUCGGCUCGGGCAGCUUCCCGCCGUCUCAGCACUUCUUCCACGCCAAGUCCGCGAUAGAGCAGAGCCAAGUGUUCAAGUUCAUCAGGAAGAUGCCAAAAGGUGCUGCCCUCCACCUACAUGAUGACUCCCUGGCAGACCUGACCUGGCUGGUGAAGAAUGCCACCUACCGGCCGGACUGCUUUAUGUGCCUGAACCGACAGGGGGCGCUGCAGUUCCACUUCUCCAGCAGCUGGCCGAAGCACGACCCCAACUGUAACUGGAGACGCGUCAAUAACACCAGGAUUGAGACGGGAAAUGCCACCAAGUUUGAUGCAGAAUUGGUGGCUAACAUGUCUCUAGUCAGAGAGGACCCUAAGGUGGCAUACCCAACUCAGGAUGCAGUCUGGAAGGCAUUUGAAGGAGCCCUCACCGUGGCUAAUGGCCUUAUAUUCUACAGUCCAGUCUUCAAGGCUUACUUCUAUGAGGCACUUAGGGAGUUCUAUGAGGACAAUGUGCAGUAUAUCGAGUUGAGAGGACUAUUACCAAAAAUCUAUGAGUUGGAUGGUACCACUCAUGAUGAGGCGUGGGUGGUGGCAGCUUACAAAGAAGUCACAGAGCAGUUUGUGAAGGACCAUCCAGACUUCUCAGGAGCAAAAUUCAUCUACUCAAGUAUCAGGGCCUUUAAUGAAAGUGACAUUGCCAAAGAUGUGGCGAAGGCUGUGAAGUUGCGAGCGAUGUUCCCGUCGUUCUUCGCGGGGUACGACCUGGUUGGACAGGAGGACCCCGGUCACCCGCUGGUGUACUUCCUGGACACCCUCCUCCAGCCUGGUCAGCAGAACCCACCGGUCAACCUGCCGUACUUCUUCCAUGCAGGAGAAACAGACUGGGAGGGGAUGGCUGUGGAUGACAACAUACUGGACGCCAUCCUGCUGAACACAUCGCGUAUCGGACACGGCUUCGCGCUCACAAAACAUCCUGUCGCCAUGGAGUUGGCAAGGAAGAAAGGCAUUCCCAUUGAGGUGUGCCCCAUAUCAAACCAGGUGUUAAAACUGGUUGACGACCUGCGGGACCAUCCAGUGUCCUUCCUCCUGGCCCAAGGUCACCCUGUGGUCAUCAGUGCAGAUGACCCUUCCGUGUGGGGAGCCAGGGGUUUGUCCUACGACUUCUACCAGGCCUUCAUGGCCAUGGGUGGAGUCGAUGCUGACCUCGCGUUCUUAAAGAAACUGGCGCUGGACUCUCUAAGGUAUAGCAGUAUGUCAGAGGACGAAAAGUCAAAGGCCAUGGAGCUGUUCCAACAGAAGUGGAAAUCGUUCCUCCAUGAUGUCCUUUCCAAUGGCAUCUGAAGGUCAAACAACACCUCAGCAUCCCUAGGUGCAAUGUCAGCCAAAUGAAGGGGUUUGUAACAAACAUAGUAAAUGUAUACAAGUGCGGGAAUUUUUUUCUGCAACAUAUAUUCUGAUAUGCCACCCUAGAGGUGCCAUUAUGUGUAUUGUCAUGAAAAUGACAGUUCUCUGUACUACAAUGUAUGUGCAGUGACGUGUAGAACAAAAAUAUAUCACGGAGAAAAAUGACAAAAGAGAUAUUUUAGCUUUUACAAUUGUAUUGUUAUGGUAUAAUAUUAGGUCAAUUUGUUGAUGGAACCUGUAGAAAUACUGACUAUCGGAAAAGAGAUAUUAUUAUUUAAAAUGGCAUUAUGGAGUCCCAUGGAGUUUUAGAUGAAGUACUAAUAGUCUACCUUAAAUAUGUCUUUUUAACAAAGUUACUGACUGCUAUGAAUGACCAAUGCAAUACAAGUAGAGUGUAAAGAGUAAUUUUAACAACAUGGUGCAGGUUCACUUUUAAAAACAUUCAUGUAUUGUAACUGAUCUAUUGUUUGAAAUUACCACUAUUGGUUCAUGUUUUUGUGCACUAAUGGCACUUGUGCAAAGAGCAUUCCUGUAUAACAAAAGAAAGAUGUAACAAAUAUACAGUAUGUAAUAUUGCAUAGAGUCCUUCCUGAUAUUGUAUAUGGUGAAACUAACAUUGUAAAUGUGGAAUACACUUUCCAAGUUAGCUUUGUGUUAAUGUUAUUCUUGUUACAUGUAAUGUUACUUACAGGAUGGAAGUAUUGUUUUGAGCUGUGUUGCUUAAGAGGAAGUUUGUAUGUAAUAUAUUAUGUUUUAUAAAACUUAAACUUUGUUGUAAUUGUGGAUUCAAAAAAGCAUAUUCCACUAACUUGGGAAGGCAGUGGGUAACAAAAAGGACAUGGAGGGUUUAACGUUACAUCACAUAUUCCCUUCCACAUACAUUCACCAAAAUCUAAAACACUGAAGUCUGAAAUCUCCUUUUU